AUGACUGGCGCAUUAGAAAGAAGCAAUGCACCGGCGAGUUACAGGCCUUCGCAACGAGAGAUACAAGUGGCCGCACUGCCUUUACUACUGGACGCGUUUAUCGAUGGUGCGCACGUACAAGUUGCAGGCGAGACUCAGGAGAAGCGGAAGGGAGAUCUGCACUUCCUCUCGAGUGUGUUUGCAAACAUAUCAGCCAUACCCGCAGGACGCACGUUCUUCCUUACACCCCUGUCGCCUGAACCGUCGGUAUUUGGAGCGUCUCUCAGGUAA